GGCUGCAGCUGCUUCGGCGGUAACUUGACUGCUGCACAGUAAGCAUGCGUUUGAAUGGGAAAGUGAAAGUCAAAUGACACCAGAGUAUACCUAACUGGCGUUGUUGUGUCGACUGAUCCGAUUUUUAAAAUAGCUAGGUUAAAUAUAUGUGUGAAGACGAGGCGGAUUCAGCUACUGACCCGUAAAAUACUGCCUAGACAUCCAGAAGGACAUUGCCGGGGUCGUUACCUGGCCGGGAUGCCUGGAGGAACCAGAAAGAGACAUGUAUAGCUUCCGGGUCAUGAGAGGGCAACCGCCCUGGAUAAAAAGAGGACCACGGGAAAGGGACAAAAAGAUUUUAACCCGUUGGGACCCGUGGCCACCGCCAGGGGUCGCCUUAAGCCUCAUCAGACCUGGAGAAUUGUCACUUCCACCACACCAGCACAGUGAGUUGCAAUGUACAGGAGUCUGAGCAUGUGUGGUUGCAUUCCCAAAAUGAAGAUUCUGACAAUCCAACACAGUAUAAUAGCUGGCUUUUUGGUUCAUCUGUUUAUUUGUGCUUGCUGGACAGAUGCAUUUGAGAUUACAAUUCCACAAGCUACUGUAUCAUCCAGUAUUGGCCACUCAGUUGUGUUGCCUUGCCACCUGUCCCAACCAGAUGAUUUUAAACAAAUGGAAGUGAGAUGGCAUGAAGUAAAAGAUGGAAUUCCUGUGAUCAUAUACUAUAGAGGAAACUUGGCGAACAGUGCUACAAGCCCAGUAUACAAGGGAAGGGUCAGACUCUUCUUAGAGAAAGUAUCGGAAGGGAAUUUAUCCCUUGAACUGACCAAUGUGAAAUUUUCAGACAUGAAGAAGUACAGGUGCUCUGUCAUAUCCUCUGAUCUCAAAUACACAGCUGGUGUGACAGAGCUUCAAGUGACAGCUACUGGUUCUAAACCAGUCAUAUCUCUCAGACAAACUGAACCUGAAGGGGCCCAGCUAACUUGUGAAACUUCUGGGUGGUACCCAGAGCCCAAGUUAAUGUGGCAAGAUGUCAACAGUGAAGACCUAACUGCUAACUCUGAAACUUCAGCAAAACGUGACAGUGGGGAUCUGUUUACAGUGACAAGCCACCUGAGACUAGCUGACAGAUCUUCUGAAGGUAUUUCGUGCAUUGUUAAACUUGAUGAGGGACUCGAAGAGAAGAAGACUAUUUACAAAGAAAAGGACCAGUAUCUUGACUAUAAGUUAUUACUUUUGAUUCUGGCAGGAGCCAUUUUACUAGUUGCAUUCUUGUGCGUUAUAUUCAUGAAGUAUCGCUCAAAAGGCAAUCAAAAUACCAUUAAAGAGCAAAAAGCUUCAAAGACUCCAAAGAAGACGACUAACGUAUUAUUUUCUGAUGCAGAAGAUGAUGAAAAGGAAUACAUCCAAAAGAAAGGCAAUCAAAAUACCAUUAAAGAGCAAAAAGCUUCAAAGUGUCCAAAGAAGACGACUAACGUAUUAUUUUCUGAUGCAGAAGAUGAUGAAAAGGAAUACAUUCAAAAUAAAGGUUAUAAGCCUCAAACAAAGAAGAGACAGACAGAAGAGAAGUUAAAUGUUUCUACCAAGUCCUCUUUCAGGAAGGCUCAUGAUUCAGAGAACGAUAACGGUGAUAAAAUUUAUAGCGAGGAUGAAGAUGAAAGCUCUUCAGAGGUUUCACAGUCUCAGCGAUUAAAAAAAGGAUUCCUUUUAUCCUUAUCUGAAACAAUGAUUUCAUUCUUCGGAUUUCAACAUGUAGAAGCUGAUGUGUUAUUUGACACUGAAACAGCACAUCCCAUGAUUGAAGUUUCUGAUAAUGGUAAAGAGGCAUACAUUGGACAUGGUAAUGAUACUGGAGAUGGAAAUCACUUUAACCGUUUGUUUUGCAUUCUUGGCAAAGAUGGAUUCUCAUCAGGAAAGCACUACUGGGAUGUAAUGGUCAAAAAUAAGAAAUCCUGGGAUUUAGGUGUUGCAACAGAAGGGGCUGAAAGACAAGGAAGACCCCAUCUAAUCCCUGAAAAUGGUUACUGGAUCAUCUCACUUCGAAAUACUGAAGACUUAAUAGCUCAAACUAAUCCUCCUAAAACUUUGAUUAUCGAGGAGCAGCCUAAGAAAGUUAGAGUUUCAAUAGACUACAAAAAAGGGGAAAUUUCUUUUACUGAUGCCAACAGUGGAUUUUGUUUUCACACUUUUAGUGAUAUUGUAUUUAAAGAUAAGCUCUAUCCAUUCUUUAGUCCAUGUGGAUAUGAUAAUAUAUGUUACAGUAAGGAGCCAAUGAUUAUUUGCUCCCCUUAGUGAUUGUUGUAUUCAAGCUUAUUUGAUUCAGUUUGGCACAGUGGCAGGGUUCAUAUCCAGGAUGCUCCCUGCAUGGAGUGUACAUGUCUUGCCCAUGUCUGGCUGGGCUUUCUAUGGGUGCUCUGUUCUCUUCCCUAACUUGUAAAGGUGAAUUGGCAUUGUCAAAUUGGCCCUGAUGUGUGUGUGUGUGUGUGCGUGUGUGCCUGUGUGUGUGUGUGUGUGUUCACUUUGCGAUGGACUGAUGCUCUUUCCGAGUAUUAUUCCUGCCUUGUGCUCAAUGUUUGCUGGUAAAGGCUAAUGCUGCCCUGCAACCCUGCUCAGGAUAAAUGGGUUAAGAAGAUGGAUGAAUAGAUGAUUCUAUCUCCUUUUUAUCACUCUGAAUGUACAGUAAUUGUUUAGUUUUCAGCAGAUUUCAACUAUUUUUUAUAUAGUUUUAUUUACUUCUAUUCAGGCACAGUAUAUUGACUAUUAGUGUUUUUAUAAAGAUUGUAUAGUUUUUACAUACCUUGUACUUAGUUGUUGUCUAAAAACUACUUGUUAAGAUUUGCAGUUAAUAUACUUGUUCCUUUAUGUGACUACUAGCAUUUAAAGUCUUACUUUGUAUAGCCAUAAAACAUUCUGACAUUAUAUCAAUAAUACAAUCUUACUUAGUAUAUAUUUAAUUAAAAUGCUUUUCUUUUUCAGUCCUAACUAACUUUUCUAGUGUAGGGUCACCGAAAUAUGAGUGUGUUUAAAAUCUCCUUUGUGAGUCAACAGUUUCAAGUGGCGUCUUGCUGAAAUAUGUUUUAUUAAUUGUAUGUUGCAAGGUCCAAAGUAAAAUUCACAUUAAAAGCUUCUAUAUCGGCAUCCAUCCUAUGGAAGAAAUGUAGCAAUUAUACUGAUUAAAGCUGAUAAUAUUGAUGAUU